AUGGAGUCUGUGAGCGUCUCCAUCCGUGUGCGCCCUCUCAACGACAGAGAGGCGCAGUCCAAUGCACACGUCUCCUGGGAUGUCGACCAGAACUCAAUCACACAAUGCAACCGACCACCGCAAGCGCCGCGAUACGUGUUUGACAAUGUGUUCAACAUGGAUUCAAGGACCAAGAUGGUGUAUGAAAAAUCCGCACGCCCGAUUGUCGACGCCACGAUGGCAGGCAUGCACGGCACCAUCUUCGCGUAUGGGCAGACCUCGUCUGGUAAGACGCACACCAUGAUGGGCGAACCCACAGAGGAAGGCAUCAUCCCUCUUUCCAUUCAAGACAUCUUCAACAGCAUCGAGAAGACACCAGAUCGCGAGUUCCUGCUCCGCGUCUCCUUCAUGGAAAUCUACAACGAGGUCAUUGCGGACCUGCUGGCACCGGAGAACAACAAUCUGAAGGUGCACGAGACGAGCGAGGGCGACAUCUACGUUGGCGGGCUGACGGAGGAGGUGGUGUGCUCCCCAGAGGAAAUCUUGCGCCACAUGCAGAUUGGGCAGAAGAAUAGGAAGACCGGCAGCACGCGCAUGAACGACCGCAGCUCCCGCUCCCACACCAUCUUCCGCAUUGUCGUCGAGAGCCGCGAGUGCACGCCUGCCUCAUCUGAGUCAUCCGGCGAACAGGACCGCCAAUCCAUGGACGGCAACGGCGCCGUGCGCGUUGCCCACCUCAACCUGGUCGACCUUGCUGGCUCAGAGCGCGUGUCGCUGACGGGCGCAGAAGGUCAACGCCUGAAGGAGGGCGCACACAUCAACAAGUCGCUGCUCACGCUGGGCACGGUCAUUGCCAAGCUGUCCGAUGGCGUGACGAGCGAGACGGGCCAUAUCCCCUAUCGCGACUCAAAGCUCACGCGCAUUCUGCAGAACUCGCUUGGCGGCAACGCCCGAACCGCUAUCAUCUGCACCAUCACGCCCGCCAGCCUGCACGUGGACGAGAGCAUCAGCACGCUCAAAUUUGCCAGCCGCGCCAAGACCAUCAAGAACAACGUGGUGGUGAACGAGGUGUACGACGACGCUGCCAUGCUGCGCAAGAUGAAGCGGGAAAUCAACCAGCUCAAGAAGCGCAACCAACUGCUUGAAGAUGGCUCGGAGCUGCAGGCCCUCAAGUCCGAGAAGCAGUCGCUUGAAGAAGCGUUGAAGCAGCGUGACGUCGCCUCGCAGCGCCAGGCCGCACAGCUCGACCGUCUCAAGCGUGUCAUUCUCACAUCAAACACCGUGCAUGCGCUCGUUGGCCCACCGCCAGCCGCAGCAAAGCAGAUCAAGACGCGCCGUAACCGUCGCAAGACAUGGUGCCCUGGCCUGAGCGAGGACAGCGUGGCGAAGCGGUCGCUUGGUCUCCUCUUCUCGCCAUCCAAAGCAGCAACAAGCUCGUCAUCAUCAUCAACACGCCCACGCCAGCGGUCCAUGUUUCUGGAGGCGAGCAACGAGGAGCAGGCCUCCGCCCUGUCGCAGUUUAAAGGCGCGCGCAACCACGCAGCCGACAGCAACAAUGACAGUGCUGACGGCACAAACACCACCACCACCACCACCACCAGUGGCACUGACACUGCACAGCCGGCCACUGAAUACCCAGGUGAUACUUCAACAGCAAGCGGCAGUGGUGCAGGUGCACGACGCAAGCGCUCCCUGUUUGGCAACGGCGUCCCACGGCUGAAGACGGCCAAGGACACCAUGGCCACGUUCAAGCGCAAGGCCCGCGCCCGCCGCUCACUCGCCUCCUCAGCAGCAAACCUGGAGCUGAUGAAUGGCCUCCUUAGCGCCGGUGUUCACGGCGGUAGCUGCGGCAGCAGCAGCAUUGGUGGCAACGUUGGUGUUGGCGGGAUGCAGUCCAUCCCGGAAGACGCCCCCGUUGCCGACGACCACGACAGCGCACGCCCCGUGGCCACACGCGCAGAUAUCUUCAAGGCAAAGGCGCAGCGGCUGCAGACGGAUUUGAUCGAGAAGCAGCGCGAGCUUGAGAGUAUGCGGGAGGCGCUUGACACUGCUGAGGCGAAGCUUGCUGAAGCGCAGGCGGCACACCAACAGCAGGCAGCCACGGGAGUAAGCACGCAGCACGACGACGAGGAGGUGGCGCGAUGGCAGGCGGAGCUCAAGUCUCUGCACGACACGCUGGCGAGCCAGCACGCGCACGUGGAGGCACUGGAGGGCCGCAUUGUUGAGCAGCAACAGCACUUUGAAACGGAGCUGAAGGAAGCGCGCGAGAACACGGGGUUCCUCCAGGAAGAACUGGAUAUUUUGCGCGAGACAUGCGACCAAGAGCAGGCAGCAACGGCUGCUCUCAAGCAGGAGGUGACGGCACUGCAGGCGCGCAUUGACGAGCAAGCAACACAGCUCGCCGCACAGCAGGAGAAGCUGAGCGCUGCUGACACGGAGCACGAGACACUGGCGAAGACGGUCGCUGAGAAGGACGCGCGUAUUGCUGAGCUUGAAGCCGAAGUUGUGCAGACACGCACAGCUGCCAAGGAGGAGGCAACGCGUGAGCUGCAGGCGGAGAUGGAUGCGGCCAGGAACGAGGCACAGCAAGCGUUGCGCGAGCGCCAGGAGAAGGAGGAUGCUCUGUGUGAACUUGAGGUCAAGUUGGCCUCGCAGACGCGCAAGUUGAACGAGAUGAUGUCUGAGCUCACCACUCAGCGUGGCGGUGACGAUAGUGACACCGAUGGCGAUGCUGCCGCUGAGAAGGCGAGGAUGAAGACGGAAGAAGAAGAAGAAGAGGAAAAGAGGCGUGGCAUGGAGCGUGAGAUGCAACAGCAGUUGGAGACCAUGACAGCUGCGAUUCGUAAGCUGCACAACAUGCUCAAUGCCACCCCGUCGCCAUCAGCCACGACAACCACUCACGGGGAUGGUGAUGCCUCUCAAGCCACUUCCGCUGCUCAGCUGUCCACGCAGGACAUGGUUGCAGCUGUGGUGGAGGCCGUCGAGGCAAUGCAGAAGGAGCUUGCAGCCAGCAAGGAGCAAUCACAGACGCUGCUGAGCGAUAUUGCGCAGCAGAAGCAAGAUGCCGCAGCCGCUGCGGCCCGCUCGGCAGAGGAGCACGAGAGCCUGGAGGCGUAUGUGCAGCAGCUGCAGACGCAGCUCGUUGACGCUCAGCAGGAGCACGCUGAGGUCGACGCGAAGCUUCAGCAACAGCAACAAGAGCUCGAAGCCCUGCAAGUGGAACAGCAGAAGCAACGUGCGCAGCAACAAGAAGAAGAAGACGCAGAAGAGACAGCCGCUGCAGACACGCCUGCUGCCGUCAACGUUGAGGCCGUGCGUGAGGAAAUGAAGGAUGAAGUUCGGGCCGAGCUGGAGGCCUUCUACAUUGCACAGCAGCAGGAGCUGUCCGCCGACCACGACCGCCGUGUGCAGCAGUUGAUGGAAGCGCAUCAGCAGCAGCUGCGAGAGGAGACGGCCAAGCUGGACGCCAUGCAGACGGAAGUUGAGGCCCUGGUGAUGGCGAGCGAGAGCCAGACCCAGAGCCAGGAGGACAAGGCCACCCUGUCUGUUGAGGAGCACGAGCGUGUUCUGACCGAGGCCAAGGCAGAGUGGGAGAAGCAGGCUGCUACCCUUCAGCAGGAGCUGUCCUCAGCCCACGCAGAGCACGACGCGCACAUGCAACAACUGCGCAGCGACCUGGACGCCGCCAAGGAGAAGCUGGUGGUGGCUGCAGAGGAGAAGGAAACAGCACAUGCAAAGGUUGCUGCCCUUCAAGCAGAGCUUGACAGCGCGACGGCAGCCCACGACGAAGCCGUGCAGGCGCUGCAGGAGGAAGUGGCAGACAUGCGUGCGGAGCUCAUGGAGAUGGAGGCGGAGCGUGACGCCCUCUCGUAUGAGUACACCGUGAUGAAGGCGCGCACACGCCAGCUGCAGCAGUCCCUGUGCGCACUACAGCACCAGCUCAAGGAGGCCACAGCGGCACAAGCAACACGCAUGGAGCAAGAUGCAGUGGCUUGUUCGGGUGACAGCGCGGGUGAUGACUGCAGCAACGCACGCACAGACGCAGAUGCAACUUGCACCAGCAGCAGUAACAUCAGCAGCAACAGUGAUGGUGAUGUCAAGCAAGCUGGCAACACCGCUAUCACUGCAGAGACCACGAACAACAACAACAACAGCAGCAGCAGCAGCAGCCAUGACGACGACGGCGACAACGACAAUGCUGAUGACGAUGACGAGUCACCAAAGCGGAAGGGCGAUUCAAGGCGCUUUGGCCGCCGCAAGCGCAAGAAGAAGCUGGGUGGUCGCGGCGAGCUGACAAGCCCAACAACACUUGCCCAGCCCAAGUCUGGCUUCCGCUCGCUGGUGAGCAAGCUCAUGACGCCGAUUCGCCGCAAGAACAAGCAGCACCGCAAGAAGGGCAAAGGAGGCGACGAUGACAAUGAAGGCAGCGCGUGCGCAGCCGGUAGCAGCAGUGCGGCUGCGACCCCUGUGCGUGAGACAACCAACAAGCCGCGCAUGGCAGCCCUGCUGUCACCAAGCACACCUGCACCCUCCACGCCGCUUACAAUGAACAACAACAGCAGCAGUAAGGGGCACAGCGAAUCUGUGACCUCCACACCCAACACCACGACAACAACCGUGUCGAUGGACCACGCGAACGCCUCGCCUGCAUUGGCGUCACCAAAGGACCGCAACCACACGCACGCGCUGAGCACCCGCUUUGAGGAGCUGACGGCGGCGCACACGGCGCUGCAGGACGCUCAGGCGAACCUGAACGCACAGCUGCAGGCCGCCACAGAGCAGGUGACCGUGUCCCAGGAACGCAUUGCCGAGCUGGAGGCAGAGGCCGCGCGUGUGUCUGAGGCGCUCAAGGGCGCGGAAGAGCAACGUGAUGCGGCACAGAGUGCGCUGCACCAAGCGGAGGACGUCCACAAGUCGGCCGUCUCCGCGCUGGAAUCGCAGCUGGCAGAACUGCGCUCCGAGCACGCGCAGGCCACAACAGCAAAAGCAGAGCUUGCGGCACGUGUUGAGCAGCUGCAAACCGCAGGGGACGAGGCAACAACGCUGCUGGCGGAAGCAAAGGCGACAUCGGAGCGCCUGACCACGCUCGAGGAAGAAAACACGGAGAUGGCCAGCUACGUCGAGGAGCUGGAGACAGUGAACGAGCGCCUGCUGUCUCAGCUGGAAACAAUGCAGCAAGAGGUUGAGGAGGCGCACGCGCAGCGCGAACAGGCGCUUGCCUCCAUGAUGAACACAGCUGAUGGUGAUGGUGACGCUGAUGGUGCCGGCCAUGAAACCUCAGGUAAUGAUAAUGAUGCUGUGGCUGGCGAGACAAAGGCCGAAGAUGAGGCGAAUGCAGAAGAAGCGGAGAACGAGCACAAGCAAGGCGAUGCGACGGCUGCAACUGCAUCUUCAACACCCGUGAAAAUGGAAGAGGACACCGAUGCUGCCACGGCUGAGAGCGGCGAGGAGACGUCAGAGACAGCAGUUACAGACCUCGCUUCCCUUCAGGAGCUGGAGAAGGAGUGCACGGUUCUGAAGCAACGGGUUACUGACCUUGAGCAGUCACUCGAGCAGCAAGAGACAUCAUUCGCAGAUGAGCGUGCACACCUGGUCGAGGCAAGGGAAGCCGCCACUGCCAAGUGCACGCAGCUUGCCACAGCGCUUGCCACAGUGCGGCAGGACGUGCAAGCGCUGUGCGCUGUGCGCGAGCAACUGAAACAGGACGUUGCUGCGGCUGCGCGUCAGCAUGAGGAAGGCGUAGAGAAGUGCCAGGUGGCACUGACACAGCAGAGCCAGGCAGCCCAGCACGCCCGCGAGGAAGUUUCUCGGCUGGAAGCCGAGCUGACGACCAUGGCUAGCAAACUGGCGGAAGCAGAGGCUGUUGCGCAUGCGCUGCAGAGUGAGGCAGCAGCAACGACAACCGCCACGGAGCAGGAGGUUGUCAGCGCCAGGCAAGAGCUGCAGCGCGUGCAGGAAGAGUGCACCGAGCUGCGCAAGGCUAUGGCAACCAAGGACAACGAGGCUGUAUCGCAGCUUGAGAAGCUGCAACAGGAGCACGCAGCUGCCGCUGCAAGCGUGUCGCAGCUGCAGGCGUCUGUGGAAUCGCUGUCCAGCGAGCUGACAACUAUGUCACUGGAGAAGGAGGACGCCCUGCAGCGCUGCAAGGCGCUUGAGGAACAGUGCGCACGCGUGCGUGCGCGUGCAGCCGCGAGCGAGCAAGAGGCACAGGCGGCGCUUGCCCGUGCACAGGAGGACAAGUCCACACGCGUGCAGCAGCUGGAAGCGGAGCGCACUGCCCUGAGCAAGGAGGCAAAGCAUCUUCGCACUCAGGUGCAGGACCAAGUUCGCUUGCUGGACACUGCGCGUGACGCGCGCCUGGAGAUGGAGGUGGAGCUUGAGCACGCGCGUGCACAAAGCCAAGAGCUGCAGGCGCAGGUGGACAAGCUGUGCGCUGCCGUGCGAGACAUGGAAACCAAGGCGAACGAGCAGCAGCAGGCGCACGCUGGUGAUGUGGAGGCAUUGCAGCGUAAGUUGGCAAGCGCGGUUGCUGCGAAGGAGAGCGCAGAGCAGCGGGUGGCUGAGCUUGAGUCGAGCAAGACCAAGGCUGAGGAGUCGUGUGCAACGCUGCGCAAGGACUGGCAGCGGGCAAGCCGCAAGCUCAAGAAGCUGACGGCUGCGGCCAACUGCGACGACUACUGGCAGCGACAGGCGGAGGAGUUGAAGGCACACGUGGAGCGCCUGCAACAGGAGGCGGACUCCGCGUCCGGUCUUGGCGCAAAGGUGGAAACGCUGCAGCAGGAGCUCGCUGCGAUGACAAAGGCCAGCGAGGGUGUUGGUAGCGAGCUUGAGCAGACCAAGGCCGCGUUGGGGGAGAAGCAGCGUGAGCUGCAGAAGCUUCGAUUGAAGGUGGACACGAUGCAGGCGUACAACGACCAGCUGCAGGACAAGUUGAAGGAGCAGGGCAGCGUGGCCGGAGAGAGCGAUGCGCCGGGGCAGGUUGGCCAGUCUGCCAACUACGAGCUGAAGGAAAAGAACAAGCGGCUUGUGAGGCAGCUUGAGCAGAAGCAAACGGAGUGCAAGCGGCUUGCGCAGCAGCUUACCAAGCUCGGGCACGCUGCGGAGGUGUCUGCCCUGCCGUCGCUGCCCACGUCUGCCUCUGCCUCCAUGUCCAUGCCGAUGGGUCUUGGCGUGAGCAACAACGCCAACCCGCUCUCCGUGAGCGUGGCCAGCACCAUCAAGGGCACCGCGGCGGAUGGCGGCUCUGAGUUUGCUGGCAUGAUGACAAGCACACCGGAGCCAAAGGGGCUGCGGGCUCGCUCGACCCGGCGCGGAGCCAUCGCAAAGAUGGCGAGCGUGAAGGAGGAGAGCUGUGGCGAUGAAGAUGCUGCUGGUGUUGACAACGAGCGUGAGGACGCGGGACGAGAGGAUCAGGACCGAGCACAGCCGCUGAGUAAGCGCAGCAAGGUUGGGCGCAGCGCUUGUGGUGGCUUGCAAGAGCGCAACCAGCGAGUCGGUGGCAAUGACGGUGUUGGCAAUGAUGCUGUGGGUGAUGCUGUUGCUGCGAGCAAGAAGGCUGCGACUCGGGAGAAGCAGAAGAAGGGCUCUGGCACCAUGCGCGAGGACCCUGAUGCUGAAAACCAGGAGAACGGCAACAGCAGUGGCAACAGCAAGGGUGCGGUGAAGCUGUCGCUAAAUGAGUCUGUGAUCUCUCCCUCGCGUGCACUGUAUGAGCGGGCGAAGGCGCAGAGGCGUAAACCGGGCCAGCAAGAGGCAGCCGUCGCGGACCAGUGCAACCAGCAGUAGCUGGGCCGUGGACAUGUGGUGCACGUGCAUCGUCGAAUGCGUGCGUUUCGAAGAAGGCGGAUGUGGUGGUGGUGGUGGGGGGGGGACACGCGUGCACCCAUGUGUGUGUGCCUUGUGUGUUCUUAUCACUGAGCGUGUGUAUCGUAGUACGUGUUUGUUUGUGUUUCCUUCUUUGUGUUAUGUCCAUGUGGUUUGUGUUUUCAUUGAUUGACCAGAAAGCAAAGGCGAAGCGAGUGUUCAUUCAUUGUUUGUCAUUUUGUUCCAGAAACGUGCUGUUGUGCGCUUAUACGCCACCUCAAAUGAAGCGUUAAUGAGAG